UACUGGUGCACGGGAGCGAGUCAAACCGGCACCUCCUCCCUCACGCGCUCAUGGCGAUCUCGCGCCUCGGCUUCCUCUCCCUCCUCCUCCUCGUCCUCCUCCGCGCCUUCGCCUCGCUCCCCACGCAAGCCGCCGCCAGAGGCGGCUCUGAUUCGUCAGGAAUCGACAAUGGAAAACAUGGGGCAUUUUCACGUAUUCUUCUUGAGGAUAAUCCGGAGAUCACCGAAGAAAUGACUCGUGGAUAUAUGAGCAACUCUGAACUUGAGAAUGCGAUACAAGGUUUUGGAAAUAAAUGUUCUAAUGUGUCCAGGAUAUACAGCAUAGGGAGGAGUGUAAAUGGUUCCCCAUUGUGGGUCAUUGAAGUAUCAGACAAGCCUGGGCAAAAAGAAGCUGAACCAGCAUUCAAGUUCAUUGGAAAUGUCCAUGGUGAUGAGCCUGUUGGAAGAGAAGUCCUUAUGCAACUUGCAUAUUGGCUAUGUGAUAACUACCUGAAGGAUCCCCUGGCAACUCUUAUUGUGGAGAACAUGCACCUUCAUAUACUUCCAACAAUGAACCCAGAUGGAUUUGCUCUAAGAAGGCGUGGUAAUGCAAACAAUAUUGAUCUGAACAGAGACUUUCCUGACCAAUUUUUUCCCAUCAACGACGAGAUUAGCUUCAGACAACCUGAAACUAGAGCUAUUAUAAAUUGGAUAAAGCAAGAACACUUCACGGCUUCUGCUAGUUUGCAUGGGGGUGCUCUUGUUGCAAAUUAUCCAUGGGAUGGAUCUAGAGAUAAAAGGAAACAGUAUUAUGGAUGCCCUGAUGACAAGACAUUCCGGUACAUGGCAUCAGUGUAUAGUCAGUCACACUAUAACAUGUCUUUGAGCAAAGAAUUCAAAGGAGGUAUUACUAACGGAGCACUCUGGUAUCCAAUUUAUGGUGGCAUGCAAGACUGGAAUUAUAUACAUGGAGGCUGCUUUGAGUUAACCCUUGAAAUUAGUGAUCUAAAAUGGCCAAAAGCAUCUGAGCUUCUUGUCAUAUGGGAACAAAAUAAGAUGAGUAUGCUCAAUCUUGUUGCAAGCCUUGUAAAGUUAGUGUGUGGAUUGAGGCACAGGGUUCUUCCAUCUUCAUUUUGUACCAGGGUCUGGAUCAUAUACUGGUACCUGACAAGUUGUGAUGCUGGAGUUCAUGGAAGGAUAUUUGCUUCAGAUAGUGGCCGCCCUAUACCUGGUUCACUGAUGGUGAAGGGAAUUGAUUCGAAGAUAAGUGCUAGCAGAACUCUUGGUGAUUACCAUCGAAUGCUCACACCUGGUGAGACCUAUGAAGUUGUGGCAUCCAUGGAAGGCUUCAGGCCAAGAUCUACUCGCAUUGUGCUGGAGCAGGAAGCCAUGAAUCUGGAUUUCAUCUUGGACCCGGACGGGCAGAAGAAGCCACUUCACAAUGACUGUGGCUGCCACUGUGACGACGAUGUUGGCGGCAAGCCGUUCCUCAUCCGGGAAUCUCACCUCUGGCUGUAUCUCCUGGUUCUAUUUGUUUUGCUUGCCCUGUAUCUUCUCUCCAAGAGAAGAAGAACAGCAUCGAAGCUCGCGGCUCAUAGAAUCCCGCUGAAACGGCCUGUUGCCGUGUGAGAUGAUCCUUUUCUUUGUCAGUGCAGGUUUUGCAGCCUACGAACUCUGCCUAAAAUGGCAUGUUGUAUAAGUAAUUAAAUUUUGGCCAAUGCGCCAUAGAGGUUUUGCAUCUGUUGGAAGAUGUUUAUGGAGAAUAUAUGUGCAUAAGUGCAUUAACUUGGUUCU